AGAUAGGGAAGACCACGACAACCUUGAGGUAACACAACACUCGAGUUGAAGUGGCUCUCUAGUCCGACAUCUCUUGGUAUAAAACAUAUUUUCUGGCUUAUCUGUCACAGUGUCACUGCUUCACUAGCCAUUCGGUGAGAAGAUGGUUAAGCCGUCAGUAGCAGUGGUGUCUGUCGCAGACGACCUGCCGUUGGGCCUCAAGCUCUUGGCAGCUGGUACUUCAGCAUCCUUUGCUGACUUCUGUACCUUCCCUCUUGAUACGGCUAAAGUUAGGCUGCAGAUACAAGGGGAAGCGAAGACGUUGACGGCAAUGGGAAACACAGAGGUGAUGGCCGCGGCAGCUCAAAGUCAGUACCGAGGAGUGGUCGGCACGAUCAUGACCAUAGCCCGCAAUGAGGGCCCACUGAGUCUGUUCAACGGACUGUCUGCUGGACUCCAAAGACAGAUGUGCUUCGCAUCUGUGAGACUUGGGAUGUACGAUACAGUACGUGACUUCUACACAGAACUUUUCUAUGGCAAGACCACAGAUGUUGGACUCAACAUUCCUCUCCGUAUACUGGCGGGUGGCACCACAGGUUGUAUGGCUGUUGUCAUUGCUCAGCCCACGGAUGUGGUCAAGGUGCGGUUUCAAGCUCAGCUGCGCGGCGCAGGAGAGCUACGCUAUUCCUCCACAAUGCAGGCUUAUCGCACCAUCGCUGUGCAGGAGGGGGCUAGAGGACUCUGGAAAGGUGCCUUUGCAAACUGCGGAAGAAAUGCCAUCGUUAACAUCUCUGAGAUCGUCUGCUAUGAUAUUAUCAAAGAGUCAAUCCUAAAGAGUGGUUUCAUGGGAGACACUGUACCUUGUCACUUCGUCUCAGCCGUAGCAGCAGGUUUCUGUACAACUUUCUUUGCCUCUCCUGUUGACGUUGUAAAGACCCGUUUUAUGAACUCAAAGCCUGGUACCUACAAGUCAGCACUAAACUGUGCAGUCAAGAUGUUUGCUCAGGAAGGCUUCUCUGCAUUCUACAAGGGCUUUAUGCCAUCUUUUGCCCGAUUGGUCAGCUGGAACAUAGUCAUGUGGCUUACAUACGAGCAGGUGAAGAAGUUCAUGGCAGAGAAGAGGAAAGCCUACUACAGUCUGACGUAACGAUUUUUUUCUGGAGUCUUAAGAUACUCUGUUGUACAUAAGUCAAUAUGAUUUGUUAAUACCAUUAUAUGACAGUAUUUUUCCAUAUUGCUGGCAAAAGUAGUUUCACAAAAUCAUCUCAUCAUAAUUAUAUUCAACUUUAUGAAAUUAAUCCUAAAAGUUUUAAACUUUUAACUAAUCAGCUGUCAAAGACAAUUUAAAAUCAUGACAAUAUUCUCUAUGCAUGACAAAUUCCAUACCAAUACUUCAAAAUGCUAUCUUAUAGUUAUGUUUGAGUACAAAACGAUAAGAGAUAAUACUGGUAUCAACAUUGUAAAACCGUGUACGUCCACAGCAUAACUGAAUCAGACUCAGUAUAGGUACUUGCUGUUAAGCUCAAUACUUUAGAAUUAUAGUACAUGCUUUCAUGUAUAGACAUAGUUUAAGACAGUCAACAUUAGAUAACUAAAUAACUAUUUAAUAUUUAUCAAUAAGUUGUAAAUAUUUGUAAUUUAUAAUGUGAUAUUGUUUUGUGAUAUAGUCCUAAGUGUUGACUAAAGUGUAUUUUAUGUCUAGAAUUAUGUAAAAAUGUACAUAUGGUUUACUUUAUUAUAAACAAUUUAUUAAAA